AUGAACGCGUUGUUAGGGCAGGCCUGGAGAUGUCCGCGGAGCGCAGUCCUCGUUACUCGCCGCUUCCGGGUGAAGUCGACUAAACCGCCCAAGAAGGCUGCGGCGCGCGGCGGCUCGAAUGCACUUCAAUCCUUCAAUGAAUUGCCAGCUGACGAACAGCUACGACGACGCCUCAAUGACCGCGAAAGGGUACAACGCAGGACGACACCAUCCGAACCGGCGCUGCGACAGAGAUACGGCGAGUUCUACGACCUCGCCAAGCACCGAUUAAAUCAUCUGCUACGGGAAAUGGGGAGAUGGGACCCGGAGCACCGGGAAUACCGAGCAUUCGGGCUACACACUCAAGAGGACUACAUCCAGGAGAUCUCCCUCUUCAAAGAUGCUCUGAAGAAGUCGUUCAACCUGGCCAGCGCACUCAACAUGACUGCGCGUAACGAUAACCCUUUGUUCUGGAACUUGCGCGCUGCUUUCAUCAGGGGCGAUAUGCAAGAAUUGACCAAGGAGCUUCGGUACGCGCUCCAAACCUUCUUAAUGCGCAAGAAGUUCUCCAAGUCCACCGCCGAGUUGCACCUCACAGUUGCCGAUUUGCGCUUCCCUUACGAAUGGUUCCCUGCCACUCGCCAACUGCAGCGCACUAUCCACUUGCACGUUGGGCCAACAAACUCUGGAAAGACAUACAACGCCCUGAAAGCUCUGGAAAACGCAAAAUCGGGCAUCUACGCCGGGCCCCUUCGCUUGUUGGCUCACGAGAUCUUCACCCGGUUCAUCGCCAAGGGGAAGCCGUGUGCCCUCAUCACAGGCGAGGAACAGAGGAUACCGGAAAAUGCCGACAUGUUCUUCCGAAGUUGCACGGUGGAGAUGACACCUUUGAACUGGAAGGUUGAUGUCGCCGUCAUUGAUGAGAUUCAAAUGAUCGCCGACGAACACCGUGGUUGGGCUUGGACCCAGGCGGUCCUGGGCUGUCAGGCAAAGGAGCUUCAUCUAUGCGGCGAGGAAAGAGUGGUUGAUCUGAUACAGGAGCUUUGUGCUCGUCUGGGCGACAAGUGCAUCGUGCACCGUUAUCAGAGGCUGAACCCCUUGCUUCCCAUGGAAGAAGCUGUUGGCACCGACUUCAAGAAUCUUCAGAAAGGUGACGCUGUCAUUUCAUUUUCUCGAGUCAACUUGCACGCUUUGAAAGCUGGUAUCGAAGGUGCAACUGGGCGUAAAUGUGCUAUCGUUUACGGCUCGUUACCGCCUGAAACCAGAGCGGCCCAGGCUGCCUUGUUCAAUGAUCCGAAUAACGAGUACGAUUUUCUGGUUGCCAGUGACGCCAUUGGCAUGGGUCUGAACCUCGAGAUCAAGCGCGUCGUCUUCGAAUCGGCAUUCAAAUUCGAUGGCUCGACCCAGCGCCCCCUGACGAUCCCGGAAGUUAAGCAAAUCGGCGGUAGGGCUGGUCGUUAUAGGACAGCCAACGAUGCUGUGUGCUCGGGCAACGAAGGGGAGGCUUCAGUUACGUCUGCCCAAAGCAAGUGGGGAGCGCCGGGCUUCGUCACAGCCAUGGAUGAGCAGGAUCUCGAGCAUAUCAAGAAGCAUCUUCUCAAAGACGCCAAGCCCAUUACUGCAGCGGGUAUCAUGCCGCCUUCGCAUAUCAUCGAGCGGUUUGCCUCCUUGUUCCCUCCCGACAUUCCCCUUGCCUUCGUUCUCUCCCGACUCAGAGAGAUGGCACGACUCUCGAGCUCCUUCAACAUCUGCAGCUUUGGCGAUGUCCUCGAGAUCUCCAAUGUUCUGAAGGAGUUCAACCUCAGCAUAUACGACCGCUCCGUCUUGCUGACAGCCCCGGUUUCGCUCCGUGAACAGGCUCAAAAAGACGUUCUCAGGGCCUUUGCUUGGAGUAUUGCCAAUCUGUCCGGCGGCCACUUGCUCGAGAUCCCCGAAAUUGAUCUGGAGGUGCUCGAGGUUGAUCCUUCAGCGCUCACUGCCCUAGCACGAAAAGACCAUUUGGUGCGACUCGAAGGUCUUCACAAGGCCGUCACUUUGUAUCUGUGGCUCAGCUACCGGUACCGUGGCGUGUUCAUCAGCCAACAGCUGGCGUUCCACGUCAAAUCCCUGGUUGAGGAGAAGAUUACAAACUGUCUUGAAGCAGCCGAUUUCGACGCGGAGAGGCAACAAAAACGUCGUGAGAUUCUCAGACGCCAGGCCCAGUCGCAUACCAAGAAGGAAGAGAAACUUCUUGGCGAAGUGGUCGAGGAUGCACCUGUCGCUGAGAGUGGCCCAGGUCUGUGGGAGGCCGAGGGACACGAGGACCCGUUGUACCGGGAGAAGAAAGAGGUUAACGCUGCUCUGCCGGUUCGCGUUCGCAGGAUAGCAGCGAGCCCCACGGGUGCUGUCUCCCAAGAAUAA